CAGCCCCAGCUGCAGACGCUUGUCUCUGCAUUUCUAAGAAAUAGCGUAUUCUGUCUCAUUCUCUGAAUUCAGUGAGGGUUAUUAGCUUAACAUGGGAAGACCACCUUGCUGUGACAAAAUUGGGAUUAAGAAAGGCCCUUGGACUCCAGAGGAGGACAUCAUCUUGGUCUCUUACAUUCAAGAACAUGGACCUGGCAAUUGGAGAUCGGUUCCCACUAGCACAGGGUUGAUGAGAUGCAGCAAAAGCUGCAGACUCAGAUGGACUAACUAUCUCCGACCUGGUAUCAAACGCGGUAAUUUCACUGAUCAUGAAGAGAAAAUGAUAAUCCACCUCCAAGCGCUUUUGGGCAACAGGUGGGCUGCCAUAGCUUCCUAUCUUCCACAGAGGACAGAUAAUGACAUAAAGAACUAUUGGAAUACCCAUUUGAAGAAAAAGCUGAAGAAGAUUCAAACUGGGUGUGAAGAUGGUCAUGGCAAAGAAGGACACUCUAGUUCAGAGCCAAAGGGUCAGUGGGAGAGAAGGCUUCAAACAGAUAUCCACAUGGCUAAACAAGCCUUAUGUGAGGCACUAUCCCUUGACAAACCAACCCAUAUUUUCCCUGAGACCAAACUACCCUCCACUUCUCAUUUCCAUCACCCCACAACACCAAACCCAACAUCACCUCAAUACGCAUCGAGCACUGAGAACAUAGCUAGAUUACUCGAGAAUUGGAUGAAGAAAUCCCCAAACUCAACCGAAACAAAUUCAGGAAACUCAUUCAGCAACAUGGUGACCACAGGUUCCAGUUCUAGUGAGGGGGCACAAAGCACCAUCACAUGCACACAGGACCAUGCUUUGGACUCUUUGCUCAGCUUCAAUUCUGAACGUUCUCAAUCUGUGUCAGUUGAUGAAAACACCAACUUUGAUGAAAGCAAGCCGAACCAGGAAACACAAGUCCCUCUCAUGUUGCUGGAGAAUUGGCUUUUCGAUGAUGGUGCAGCUCAAUGCAACGAAGAUCUAAUGAACAUGUCAUUGGAGGAAAGUACCGCAGGCUUGUUCUAGAAAACAAAUUAGACAAAUGUAACCAAACCAACACCAAAACAUCGUCUAGAAAGAAAUUUCAGUUUUCCUGACGUGUGUUAAAAGAUAUACAAUAAAAAUUUGUGUAUAGUAGUAAAUUUUUAUUGGAAAUUAUAAGAUACAAUAAUCAUAAUAUUAAAUAUUAUAAUUUCCAAUAAAAAUUUAUUAUUAAUUAAAUUUUUUUGUAUAUUUUUAAAUACAUGUUAAAAAAGAAAACCCAAGAAUGUGCUGUGCGUGUGUGAAUUAUUAGACUUCAUUGCAAAUGAAACUACUUUUCUAGGUCCAGAGUAGGAAGGUAACUCCCUCAAACACUACAAACUAAGAAGUGUACAUUACAAGUACUUCUAUAUCGUGAUAUCGUUAAUUACG